AACUAUUUGCUCUCAGUCUGGGAGGUACUUUUGAGUUCCCGCUUCCAAUUAGGGAACCUACACAUGAGAUUCAGCUCGGUCCCCACGGGAUGAAAGUUUCCUAGGGCUUGGCCUCACGCACGGUAUACGAGGCUCGGAGGGACACACCGCGGAGGGAUUCGGUUUGUUGUGGUGUGGGGAGGGGGGGAGACGCUGACAAACCAAGAUGGCGGCGGCGGCGGUGAAGGCCGUGGCGGCUGGGAGGUAACUGUAUUGGUGAAGGCUGAGGUAGUUGGGAGGCAGCGGCAGAGUUUGGAAGGAACGGAGCAGGACGAAGAGGCGGUAGCAGUAGCGCCAGCCUGAGCCUCUCAGAGCGCGGCAGCUACACGCCCCCCAAGGCCCUCGGCGGGCGGCGGCCACCCCGCUUAGGGCCUAGUCCCCGAGCAGUGCCUCGGCUUCAUACAGCGGCGUCCGCCAUGAGUCCUUAAGGGUGGUCCGAGCCCUCCAGUCCUAGGGCCCACCAUGGAGCCGGGGUCCGACGACUUCCUGCCGCCGCCGGAGUGCCCGGUGUUCGAGCCUAGCUGGGCUGAGUUCCGAGACCCUCUAGGCUACAUCGCGAAAAUCCGGCCCAUCGCCGAGAAGUCGGGCAUUUGCAAGAUCCGCCCACCCGCGGACUGGCAGCCACCCUUUGCUGUAGAAGUGGACAACUUCAGGUUUACUCCCCGAAUCCAGAGGCUGAAUGAACUAGAGGCCCAGACAAGAGUGAAGCUGAACUACUUGGACCAGAUUGCCAAAUUCUGGGAAAUCCAGGGCUCCUCCUUAAAGAUUCCCAAUGUAGAACGGCGGAUCUUAGACCUCUACAGCCUCAGUAAAAUCGUGGUGGAGGAAGGUGGCUAUGAAGCCAUCUGCAAAGACCGUCGGUGGGCCCGGGUGGCCCAGCGCCUCAACUACCCACCAGGCAAAAACAUUGGCUCCCUGCUACGCUCCCACUAUGAACGCAUCGUUUAUCCCUAUGAGAUGUACCAGUCUGGAGCCAACCUGGUGCAGUGCAACACACGCCCAUUUGAUAAUGAGGAAAAGGACAAGGAAUACAAACCCCACAGUAUCCCCCUUCGACAGUCUGUGCAGCCUUCCAAGUUCAAUAGCUAUGGCCGGCGGGCCAAGAGGCUGCAGCCUGAUCCGGAACCCACGGAGGAAGACAUUGAAAAGAAUCCGGAGCUGAAGAAGCUACAGAUCUAUGGGGCAGGCCCCAAGAUGAUGGGCCUGGGCCUCAUGGCCAAGGAUAAGACCCUGCGGAAGAAAGAUAAGGAAGGGCCUGAGUGUCCCCCCACCGUAGUGGUGAAGGAGGAGUCAGGCGGGGAUGUGAAGGUGGAGUCAACCUCACCUAAGACCUUCCUGGAGAGCAAGGAGGAGCUGAGUCACAGCCCAGAGCCCUGCACCAAGAUGACCAUGAGACUGCGGAGGAACCACAGCAAUGCCCAGUUUAUCGAGUCCUAUGUAUGCCGGAUGUGUUCCCGAGGGGAUGAGGAUGACAAGCUUCUGCUGUGUGAUGGCUGUGAUGACAACUACCACAUCUUCUGCCUGCUGCCGCCUCUGCCUGAGAUUCCCAAGGGUGUCUGGCGGUGCCCAAAGUGUGUCAUGGCGGAGUGUAAGCGCCCCCCUGAAGCCUUUGGCUUUGAGCAGGCUACCCGGGAGUACACUCUGCAGAGCUUUGGCGAGAUGGCUGACUCCUUUAAAGCCGAUUACUUCAACAUGCCCGUGCACAUGGUGCCUACAGAACUCGUGGAGAAGGAGUUCUGGCGGCUGGUGAACAGCAUUGAGGAAGAUGUGACUGUUGAGUAUGGGGCUGACAUCCAUUCCAAAGAAUUUGGCAGCGGUUUCCCUGUCAGUGACAGUAAGCGGCACCUAACCCCCGAGGAGGAGGAGUACGCCACCAGCGGCUGGAACCUGAAUGUGAUGCCAGUCCUGGAGCAGUCCGUGCUGUGCCACAUCAAUGCGGAUAUUUCCGGCAUGAAGGUGCCCUGGCUCUAUGUGGGCAUGGUCUUCUCAGCCUUUUGCUGGCAUAUUGAGGAUCACUGGAGUUACUCCAUUAACUACCUCCAUUGGGGUGAGCCGAAGACCUGGUAUGGGGUACCCUCCCUUGCGGCAGAACAUUUGGAAGAGGUGAUGAAGAAGCUGACACCUGAGCUCUUUGAUAGCCAGCCUGACCUCCUGCACCAACUUGUCACCCUAAUGAAUCCCAACACCCUCAUGUCCCAUGGUGUGCCGGUGAGUGCUCAGGAAACAGGACCAAGGGGUAGAAAUGAUGUAGCGUGUCCUUCGUGGUGGUUGUGGUCGUGGUUGUGGUGGCUGUGGUGGUGGUCAUCAUCUGGAAUCUACCCCUGCCUCUUUCUCAUUCUUCUUCUAUCUUAAUUUGACAACUCUAAU